AGCAAAAAGGAGUAAACCGAUGACGAACUUUUUGACGACAUUAUCAAACGAUUUCUCAAAACUGCUUGAUGCGACGAACUUUCAUGAUUCCGUUAUAAGAGUUGGAAAUCGCGAAGAUAUCAGGUCUUUUGAAGCCCAUUCGAUAAUAUUAUAUGGAAGGUGUAAUUACUUUAGGGCAGCACUAUCACAUGGUUGGGUAAAGAAGAUCGAUGGUAAAUUUCACUUUAACCUGGUGGAUUUAAAUAUUACUCCUGGCGCAUUUGUCGCUAUACUCAACGGAAAAAUUUUCCCGGAUCAGCAUGAUUUGAGCCUAUUAUUACAACUUUUAAUAGCAACUGACAUACUACUCCUCAACGAGUUAUUUGAUUUCGCCGAGGAACAAAUAGUUCGUUCUAAAUCAAUGUGGAUGGAAAGUGAUUUCAUUUCAAUCCUACGAGUAGCGCUUCAGGCUCCGGCAGCGUCAAAAUUAAAUUUAUGUUGCCAAGAAAUUAUCGCGGAUCAUCCUUAUGCAUUUUUUGAAUCUCCGGAAUUUCUCCGGGUUGAGGAAAGCUUGCUUGUGCACGUACUAGAGUCCGAAGCGCUCGGGAUGGAGGAGAUUAAGAUUUGGGAACGUGUCAUUGAUUGGGGCAUUAAGAAUACUCCACCUCUCGGACGAACACUGAUACCAGAUUUUUCGGAGGAGCAGUUUGAAUCUCUACGGUCAACUCUGAAAAAUGUUUUACCAUUGGUCAGAUUUUUUAGCAUUUCUCAUGCGGACUGGGACAAAAGAGUUGCCCCAUUUCGAAAAAUCUUAUCCUGUGAGGAUCUUUCGGAGCAGGUUCACUUUUACCUUGGCAUCACCAAUUUUCCACCUCCAUGCGUUAUCUUACCACCACAUAGCCCGUCGUUCGACUCAAUAUUGAUCAACCGUAAUAUGGCCGGAUUGAUUGCAACAUGGAUAGAUAAGAAAGAUUUGUUGCCGGGUGGUGACAAGGGCAGGAAGUCCUAUAAUGGAAUAAAUAUGCCGUACAAUUUUAAAUUACUUUAUCGAUAUAGAUCUCACGGUCCACCACCAAACAUAGCCCGUCACGAUGGUGCAAUCGUCAUAAUAAUGAAAAUGAAACACACCGGGGACUUAAUCGGAGGAUACAAUCCAAUCGAUUUUUCUUCGCGCCAGAAUUCGUCUGGAAGAGAUGUUGAGGUUGAAUACUCGGACACUGAAGAUAGCUUUAUAUUCUCAUUUAUCCGCAGUGAUAAAGGUGAGACCAAAGCACCCGUGAAGAACAACUUGGCUGAUCAAGGUCCAACGCUUUCACCAAUUCGCGCCACAAUUCGAUACUAUACAGAAGAUGGUUCGCUCGUUCCAGAAAUCAAUUCACCUCCCGCACAGAGUAACAUUCCCGCUCGACAUACCAACAGCUCGUAUGAUAAUAAUGCCCAGUAUAGUGCUACUUUGAGUCGGGUGAAGAAAGAGUGUUCAAAAUUUGCCGUCGGAUUUAGCAAUCGAGAAAUAUGGUUCGGUCAAUCAGACCUGCACAUAUAUCAUAGAUUAGGUAGAAGGCAUGCUGGUACAAUUGGUUCGGAUGGUAAAUGGUACGGUAGACCAAAGGACCCUGACAGGCUGAAUAUCACAAUGCAACAGAAAACCUACGAAAAACUAUCAUUGGGAAAAUUGUGUUGUGAACGUGGGAAGGACAUUGAAAUUUCGGAGAUGGAGGUUUUUAGGAUAGUCAAAAAACCGAAUUAUUAA